UACUAAAACUGUAUUUGUUCAUUAUUGUCUUCAGAUGACAGGAUCAAACGAGUUCAAACUAAAUCAAACUCCAGAUGAUGGUAUUUCAUCAGUGAAGUUUAGUCCAAACACAUCACAGUUUCUGCUUGUUUCAUCCUGGGACACAACUGUCCGGCUCUAUGAUGUUCCUGCCAACACCAUGAGACUCAAAUAUCAGCAUACAGGAGCUGUCCUGGACUGUGCUUUUUAUGAUCCUACCCAUGCCUGGAGUGGAGGAUUAGAUCAGCAACUGAAGAUGCAUGAUUUAAACACGGACCAAGAAAACCUUGUUGGUGCCCAUGAUGCUCCUAUCAGGUGUGUUGAGUAUUGCCCAGAAGUGAAUGUCAUGGUGACUGGAAGCUGGGAUCAAACAGUUAAACUGUGGGAUCCCAGAACUCCUUGUAACGCAGGAACCUUCUCGCAACCGGAAAAGGUCUACACGCUUUCUGUGUCUGGAGAUAGGCUAAUCGUGGGCACUGCAGGUCGGAGAGUGCUGGUGUGGGAUUUGAGGAACAUGGGUUAUGUUCAGCAGCGAAGAGAAUCAAGUCUGAAAUACCAGACCCGCUGUAUCAGAGCGUUUCCUAAUAAGCAGGGUUAUGUUUUAAGUUCUAUUGAAGGUCGUGUUGCUGUGGAAUACUUGGAUCCAAGUCCAGAAAUUCAGAAGAAGAAAUAUGCAUUCAAAUGUCACCGUUUGAAGGAAAACAACAUUGAGCAGAUUUAUCCAGUUAAUGCAAUUUCUUUCCAUAAUGUCCACAACACAUUUGCUACAGGAGGCUCCGAUGGAUUUGUAAAUAUUUGGGAUCCCUUUAAUAAAAAGCGUCUGUGUCAGUUCCAUCGGUAUCCCACAAGCAUCGCAUCGCUUGCCUUCAGCAAUGAUGGAACUACCCUUGCAAUAGCUUCUUCAUAUAUGUAUGAAAUGGAUGACAUUGAACAUCCUGAAGAUGGUAUCUAUAUUCGCCAAGUGACAGAUGCAGAAACAAAACCAAAGUGA